UCGUAAGGCAACAUACUGUCUAGGGAAGGAAUUUAGCAUUCUAUGCUACAAGGUCAUGGUGGUACCAAGCAUGCCAAUCAUACCUGAGGCCCGUACUUGCUCCGCCAUCAAAUCUACGACAACCUGCAAUGUUCGUGUCCACACGAUUUCAUUCGCGAUCCCUCGCGAUCGCUAAACGUAGGAGGAGAUACGAUAGACGGUCGCGUGCACAAGAAGCGAAACGUGCGCCUGCGAACACAACGACGGCACCGGCACAGGUGGCUCGCUGAUGCCGGUUGUAUCUUGAUGACUGGUACACCAGCGUCCGAGGCUCGUCGGUUGGCUUAGUACCCCACUAGCCUCGGCACCGAAUGCAACACGCUGUCGCGGCGUCGUCAGUCCUACCACCGUAUCCUUCAUUCGCCGUUCAGAUCCAUCGUAGAUGGAGGGCCGAUACUUUAUAGUGUGUUAGUUGAAACAAGAAUUAAUCUGUCCCCAUCAAGGCCCUUUCAGUGAGAGUGCCGUUGAACGUUUCCAUUUGAUCAUAUCUUUGUCCGGUCGGAUUGUCUGUUCGAACGAUCAUAAUGGGCUGCAUAUCGUCCAAGUCCAAGUCAGUAGACAUCUCGAACGUGUCGCUCGAGAAAGCCUCGAAGGUAACCUCAGCGACCACAGCGAACGGUGGUGCUGGUACGUCUAGCGAUGACGAGUACAUCGAGGACGUCGUUUGCCAGGAUGCGGACAUCGGCGAAAACCAGAUGAAGCAGUGCGAGUUAGGAGAGGGCAAGGUCCUGUUGGUCCGCCAGCGCGGUAAACUGACCGCGAUAGGCAACAAAUGUUCGCACUACGGAGCUAUGCUGGUGACGGGAGCCCUCGGCGAUGGUCGUGUUCGUUGCCCGUGGCACGGUGCCUGCUUCAAUGUGGAAACGGGAGAUAUCGAGGAUUUUCCCGGUAUGGAUUCGCUACCGUGCUACCGCGUGACCGUCGGUGAAGGGGGCGAGGUACGCGUCCGGGCGAAACGUUCCGAACUGGCCACCAACAAGCGAACGCGACUGAUGGCACGCCGUGGAUCGGCCAGUGACGAACGUACGUUUGUCGUGAUCGGCGGAGGUCCUUCCGGUGCGACUUGUGCGGAAACGUUGCGCCAGGAAGGGUUCACAGGACGCGUGGUAAUGAUUAACAAGGAACCCUAUUUACCGUACGAUCGCAUUAAGGUGAGCAAAACGAUGGAUCUGAGCGUAGAAAAGGUGUUGCUAAGAACGCAGGCCUUCUACGAUGGAAGCGAUAUCGAGCUGCUGCUCGGUACGGCCGUUACGAAGCUGGACUCGACCGGCAAGGAGCUGACGCUCGACAACGGGUACAAGAUAAAGUACGACAAGGUGUACAUCGCGACGGGCUCGAACCCUCGGCGUCCUCCGAUAGAAGGUGCUAAUUUGCGCAACGUUGCCGUCUUGCGAACAGUGGACGAUGCGAAAUCCGUUAACGGAGAGUUGAGCCCCGAAAAGCAGGUCGUCAUCCUGGGAACCAGUUUUAUCGGACUUGAGGCCGCCGCAUACUGCGUGGGAAAGGUGGCACGAGUGACGGUGAUCGGUCGUGGUGCCGUCCCGCUGAAGGAAUCGUUCGGGGAUGCUAUCGGCCAGCGUGUGAUGGAUCUGUUCCGCGAGAAGGGUGUCGAGUUUGUGAUGAAUUCGGGCAUCAAACGGUGCAUCGAAGGUGAAGCCGGUGCCGUGAAACAGGUGGAACUGGUCGAUGGAACGUUGCUGGAUGCGGACAUUUGUAUCUUCGGUGUUGGCUCAACGUUGUACACCGAGUUCCUAGCCGAGUCGGGCAUUCCGCUCAACCGAAACGGUUCCAUUAACACCGAUCAGCAUCUGGAAACGGAGAUGCAGGGUGUGUACGCUGGUGGUGACGUCGCUAAUUCACCUGUUCUCUCGAACGAAGGUCGACCGGCAACGAUCGGUCACUAUCCACUGGCGCAGUAUCAUGGGCGUAUUGCGGCGCUCAACAUGGUCGGUAAGGCCACGCCAUUGCAGACCGUACCAUUCUUCUGGACGGUAUUGUUCGGAAAAUCGUUCCGCUACUGUGGCUACGGAACGCCUGAGGAAGUUAUCGUCGAUGGCGAUCUGGAGGCGUUGAAGUUUGUGGCGUUCUAUAUCGGUAAAGCGGGCCGCGUCAUAGCGAUGGCCUCGUGUCAGCGUGAUCCCAUCGUGGCCCAGUUUGCCGAGUUUUCAUCGCAAGGAAAAGUAUUAAACAAAAGCGACAUCACGACGAAUCCGUUCGGAUGGACCACCGACCUGACCGGACCAACGACGGUUUAACGCUCGCCCGGACCGGGGGCUCUGUUCGGGCAC